ACAAAAAAAGAAAAAAAAGAAAAAAAACCUACCAAAGACAUGGUAGAAUCUACUCUGUUCUGGGCCAUAUACUUCAUUUAUACGUUACUUGGCCCUAUUGAAGCUCUAGAUGGCGGGAACUAUUGUCUCUCUGAAUUGUGUCCCAGAUUCAAGAGGCACAUUGCCUGCAGGCAUAAAGGACAAAUGGCUAAACUUUGCCCCAAUGAUACCCAAUUAAUUGAUAUGUCCUACUAUCGCAAUCUCAUAGUGAAUGAGCACAAUGAAUUGCGUAAUCUAUUGGCUUCGGGUCAGAUGAAACAGCUGCCCAGUCCCGAUCGUCUGGCCACUAUGCAGUGGCACGAAGAACUCGAAAAACUGGCCACUCUUAAUGUGAAACAAUGUUUAUUCAAUUAUGAUCAAUGUCAUAAUACUCUAGAGUUUCGUAAUUCUGGACAAAACUUAAUCAUGCUUAAUAUUAGCACACUGGACGAUUCUCCUUCGUCUCGUCCAACAAAUGAGACUCUAAUCAAGUAUUCAAUUCAUUCUUGGUGGAAUCAAUGGAGGAAUGUCACCUGGCAACAUGUUGAGAAAUUUCCCAAGGAUAAACAUUUGACCAAUUCUUUACGCCAUUUCGCUGUUAUGGCCAGGGAUAAUAGCACUUAUUUAGGUUGCGCUGCCACACGUUGGCUCAAACAGAAUGUUCAUCAUUUCUUAUUCGCCUGCAAUUAUGCCAGCAAUUUUAUAGUCGACAAACCUAUCUACAAGCUGAAGACCAUCAAUUGCCAGAUUGGCUAUGAUAAGAAAUAUCAAGGACUUUGCAAGGCUGGCGAACAAUAUGACAAAAGUUAAGUCCAUUAAAGAUCAACGCCAACUUCAAAAACCACAUGCAGCAGAUCUGUCACAAGACAAUAUUUACCGUAUACACAUAUAUCAUUUUCUAUAAUAAAGAGCUAACCCUAAAAAUAAUCUUCCACUGGGGGCUGAUGGAGAGGAAUGAGUGACUGCCUCACAGUCUAUUUAACAUGUUGAUUUGUGCCACAAUGCGCGACGGUCAUAUAUCAUCACUUGAAAGCCGCGUUAUGCCAGCCACCUGCAUGACAGCCAUAGGCAUAAGCAUAAGCAUAAGCAUAAGCAUCCUCCCCCAUCUUGGUCAUCAUUAUCAUCAUAAUAAUAAUCAGCUGCUAAAAUAUGA